GCCAUCCAAAACGAUGCUAUAAGCUUAUACGAUAAAUAUAUUUCCCUUGAGGCUACUGAGAAAAUUCGAUUAAGUGAAGAUAUAAGAGUAAGAAUAGAAGGCAAUAUAUGUUCCGAGGACGGACGAAUUUUGCCUGAUUGUUUUAAAGAAGCCCAAGAAUUUUCCUUUAAUAAAAUGGAACGGAUUUUUCCAUAUUUUUUAUGCAGUGAAAUGUAUAGUAAUUAUCAAGUAGAUAUAUUAACUAGUACGCGAAUUAGCGUUGCAGACAUAUUAUAUAAUGAGAUGGCAAUGUUCUACUUCAUGGAGUUCAUGGAGCAAGAAAAUGCUUUAAACUAUCUACAGUUUUGGCAAACAUCGGAAAAUUUUCGACAGCAAUUAGUAACGGCAAAAGAGACUGGCAAGUACUGUGCGAGUGAAGCCCAAGAUGAUGCAAUGAUAAUAUAUAAUAAAUAUUUUUCUUUGCAAGCUACGAAAUCUCUUGGCAUUGAUGAUAUUGUACGCUUUGAAAUAGAAAAUAACAUUUGUCAGGAAUCUGGGCCUACAGUAGAUUGUUUUAAAACACCUCAGAAAUAUACUUACUUCAUGAUUGAGGAGGUUUUUUUACCAAGCUUUUUGCAUAGUAGCCUUUAUUUCAAGUACUUAUCGGAAUUGGUUAAUUCAUCACAACGAAUGAGUGAUAUCAUAGCGGGUGUCAAAUUGAUUAUAAUGGAAGGUAGUGACGAAGAUGAUGAGGAACUGGAAGCAAUUAGUUUGCAAGCCAUUGGACGUAGGGUUGCUGAUAUUUCUGACGUUGCGCCGAACUUGGUAGAGAAUAAUAAGAAUAAUGCAGUGGAAGGUUCUGCAAAAAUUGAACCAUCUGCAGCAGAAGCUACGCUUCACAGGCCUCUAUCUUUUGGUUAUGUUGACGAGUAUGGUAGAUUUGUCACUGAAGCUGAGCCUGAACCUGGGCUAAAGAAGAAACCUGGUUGGGGAUGUUAA